AUGUCCCACCUCGAGCGAUCCCUAAAAUCAACCAGUCUUGCAGAGACACGGUCGACUUAUAACGAAUGGGCAAAUAAUUACAACCAAGAUGUUGAAAAAGAAGAUUAUGUCGCACCAAAGGUUGCUGCUGCGAACCUGGUCAGCCAUCUGCACUCUAGAGAUAUUUCAGAAGUAAAGAUUCUUGAUGCAGGAUGUGGCACAGGCCUUGUUGGCGAAGCCUUACUCAAUCAGGGCGCGAAGCACAUCGACGGCAUCGACCUCAGCCCUGGUAUGCUCGAAGUCGCCGAGCGAACAGGCGUCUACAAGUCUCUCAGUGUUGCAAAUCUUGCCGAGCGACUCGACAUUGUAGCAGACAGUUACGAUGCUGUUAUCUGCGUUGGAACCAUGACAGAAGGCCAUGUCGGACCAGAGGCCUUUGAUGAGUUUCUCAGGGCGGCAAAACCUGGAGGAAUCAUCGUGUCUACUAUCAGAGAAUCUGUUUGGCAACCAAAGGGAUAUGAGACCAAGGUUGAUAACUUGGUGGAAGACAGAAAAGUGCAACUUGUCAGCAAUGUGAAGGAGCAUCAAAGGAUCGGAGCAGGGGUAUAUGCUUAUUUUGUUAUCCUUCGAGUUAUCUAG